AUGGGUUAAAUAAACCCAAAAUAUUCACCACCUUCUCCUGAUAAAUUAAAACUUACCUAUUAAAUAAGAAAUCAGGCAAAAGUAUUAUCAUUUAUUAUCUUUUUAAAGCCUAUUACACUAGUCUUUGAUACUUAAUUUUAAGUUAAUGAGAUUAAUCAAAAUGAUUGGGAUUUGGUCAUUUCAUCUAUAAACAUGAAAAUUGAUAAAAUAAAUAAACUAUAACAACUUCCUAUAAGUAUAUUAAAUAUCUGAUAUCUUAGAUUUCAAAGCUCAAUUAAUUCAAUCAUUUAUGAUGAACAAAUCCAUUGAAACAGCCCCAUGCAUUACUGGUUCUGAAGAAGGACUUUAAGAAUUACUAAUAUAUUUGCGUACUCUUAAUAAAGAAGAUUUAUAAAAAUUCAUUGAAGAUAAAUAAUUGAUAGAAUAAUUAAGGAAUCUAUUAAAAGUAGAAUGUGAAGGAUAUCAUGAUAAAGAAGUAAAAUAUUUAAAUAUUAUCUAAAGUGUUUAAUUUUAAACAUCUUAUUACAUUGUAUUCAAUAGAAUUGUAAUUUAGAUUUAAAUUAACCCAUUUUAAAUGAACUUGCAGAAAUUUUGAAUCCUUUGCACUCUGUUAACUUUAGUCUACUUUUAGAAAUCUAUAUAGUUAUUUGUAAAAAUUAAACUGAUGAAAAAAUGAAUUAAAUUUCAAUAUCAUGGAUGGAAAUGAAAAGAAACGGAAUGUGGAAUUAUCCAUUUGAACCAUUUAUUCAAAUCUUAUAAUUAAAUAAAAGUGUCUUCUCCAUUAUGAAUAUGGUUAGAUUUAUAAAUUAUUUUAUGGAAGCACACGAAGAUGUUGAAUAUAGCAAUAAAUUAAAAACACUACUUAUUAAUUUUGGAUUAAGAUUUUUAAUUGAGGAUGUCAAAGCUAAAAUCUAAACUGGUUAUUAUAAAAUAGAACAUUGCACCUAUUAAUAUAUGGAUGAAAUGCUCCUUGAAUAAUAUCAACAUUAUAAAAUCAAUCCUUCAUCUAGAAAAAGAAAACUACUUCCUCCAGAUGGUAAACCAGUAGAAUUAAGUGUUUGUGCAGCACUCUGUGCAGACUUAUUUAUAGAUCUCUAAGAUCCAGAAGCUUAAAAAAAAUAUGAAUAUGCAGUAUCAGAAGCUCUUGCAUAAAUAGAUGCUUUCCUAGAAUUAACUGAAAAAGUAUAUGCAAAAGUUAUGAAACCAAAAAAAUUAAUUGUUGACAAAAAGUCAAGAACAAAAAGAGCAGGAUCUAUUACAACAUUCCUUGAUGAAGAAAGGUCAAUCAAACUAAGAAUUCCUGAUUUAGAUUAUCAAAAACUUCUCACAUAAAUCAGAGAAGCUACUUUAUUUCCCUAAGUUUUAGAUGCUUUCUAAGAUUAUUUAUAAUCUGCUGCAAAAAUUGGAGUUAACGUCAUAUCGUAAAUGAUGUCUGUAGCUGUUGAUAAAAUGAUUGAACUUAGAAAGAACGAUCCUUUAAAAUUAGAUUUAUAGGCAUCAGAAGAAAAAUGUACUCAACUAGAAAAUUAAAUUAGAUCUUAUAUUAAUGAGAAAGCUAAGAUGCAAUAAGAAUUAAAUUAGCUAAAAGAAAAAUUAAUCGAUGCUAACAAAUAUAUCAAAAAUAUCGAGCUGAAAUUGUAAACCUAAGAAUAAAUUAUUCAGACAUAUAAUAGUUAAUCUAAUACAGAAAAAUCGCAUCCUCCUCCACCACCACCACCUCCUUUGCCUGGAUAAAAAGCAUCACCUCCACCUCCACCUCCUCCUCCGUUACCUGGUUAAAAAGCAAUACCUCCUCCUCCACCUCCUUUGCCUGGAUAAAAAGCAUCACCUCCACCUCCACCUCCUCCUCCGUUACCUGGUUAAAAAGCAAUACCUCCUCCUCCACCUCCUUUGCCUGGAUAAAAAGCAUCACCUCCACCUCCACCUCCUCCUCCGUUACCUGGUUAAAAAGCAAUACCUCCUCCUCCACCUCCUUUGCCUGGAUAAAAAGCAUCACCUCCACCUCCACCUCCUCCUCCGUUACCUGGUUAAAAAGCAAUACCUCCUCCUCCACCUCCUUUGCCUGGAUAAAAAGCAUCACCUCCACCUCCACCUCCUCCUCCGUUACCUGGUUAAAAAGCAAUACCUCCUCCUCCACCUCCUUUGCCUGGAUAAAAAGCAUCACCUCCACCUCCACCUCCUCCUCCGUUACCUGGUUAAAAAGCAAUACCUCCUCCUCCACCUCCUUUGCCUGGAUAAAAAGCAUCACCUCCACCUCCACCUCCUCCUCCGUUACCUGGUUAAAAAGCAAUACCUCCUCCUCCACCUCCUUUGCCUGGAUAAAAAGCAUCACCUCCACCUCCACCUCCUCCUCCGUUACCUGGUUAAAAAGCAAUACCUCCUCCUCCACCUCCUUUGCCUGGAUAAAAAGCAUCACCUCCACCUCCACCUCCUCCUCCGUUACCUGGUUAAAAAGCAAUACCUCCUCCUCCACCUCCUUUGCCUGGAUAAAAAGCAUCACCUCCACCUCCACCUCCUCCUCCGUUACCUGGUUAAAAAGCAAUACCUCCUCCUCCACCUCCGUUACCUGGUCAAAAAGCAAUUCCACCUCCUCCACCUCCACCUCCGUUACCUGGUUAAAAAGCAAUACCUCCUCCCCCUCCUCCUCCUUUACCUGGAUAAAAAGCAGGACCUCCACCACCACCUCCUCCUCCUCCAAUGCCAGGAUAAAAAGCUGGACCUCCUGGUCCUCCACCACCACCGCCUCCUCCAGGUUAAAAAGGAAUUCCUCCUCCACCGCCUUCAUUUGGUGGAGCUAAUGCCAAAGGGCCAGGAAUACCUCAAUAAGUUGGAAAGAAGAAAUAAAAUCCUUAGAAACCAAUGAAAUAAGUCCCUUGGGUUGUAAUAAAAGAUGAUAAGAUAAAAUCAACAAUUUGGGAAAAGAUUGACGAUUCAAAAAUAAAAAUAAAUACUUCAUUAUUGGAGGAGUAAUUUUGUAAAGUUGAAUUGGUUAAAGUAAGUGGAAAUGCAUUACCUUCUUAAAAAUAAUAGAUUAAAUAAAAGGUUUCUUAAUUAUAAGCAGAACGCUGUAAAAAUGUUGAAUUAGUAAUUUCAAGAUUAAAAAUAAGUUCAUUAACAUUAAGAGAAGCUUUUUUAAAAAUAGAUACUAACAUAUUAACUGAGGAAAAGAUAGCAAUGAUUAUAAAUGCAGUUCCAGAGAAAGAGGAAUAAGAAAUGUUUUUGCAUUUCAAUCCUUAAGACCUUUCAACAGUAGCAACACCAGAUUUAUAUUUUAUGGAUUUAAGUACAGUACCAUAAAUAAAAUUAAGAGCAGAAGCAAUUGUAAUAAGUUAUGAAUGGAUGGGACUUUAUGAAAGUGUUGAAGCAAAGUAAAAUAAGAUAGAAAAUGGAAUAAAAUUGCAAUAAGAAGAUAAGAAAUUAUAAAUAAUGUUGGAAUAUUCUUUAGGUUAUGGUAAUUAUUUAAAUGGAUAAUCAACAAGAGGAGGAGCAUAUGCUUUUAAACUUGAUAUAAUGAGUUAAUUAGAUGAUGUAAAAUCAAAUGAUAAUAAAACAAAUUUAUUGAUUGUUAUAAUUCUACACAUUGAAGCAGAUAUAGGAUAUUCAUUAUAUGAUUAAGAAUUUCUUGCAAAAAUAGAUUAUGAUUUUCUAUGCAAAACAUCAAUAUCUUCACUUACAUAGGAUAUAAAUGAAUUAAAAAGAAUGGAGAGAGUUGUAGAGAGAGCUAAAAAAAGUCAUGGAGAAGAUUCAAGUGAUUAAGCUGGAGUAAAGUAAGAUAUAUAUAUAUAUAAAUAGAUUCAAAGCAUUAUAAGAAUAAUUACAAGAGAAAAUUAAGAAAUUGGAAGAAAAAAAUGUAAUAUUGGAGAGUAAAUAUAAAGCUUUAUUACAAUAUUAUUGUGAAGAUUCAAAAUUAUAAUCAGAUGAAUUCUUUACUAAGAUUGAUAAAAUUUGGAAGGAUUAUUAAAAUGUAUUUAUGUUAAAUAAUUUUAUUAGGCUUUAACUCAAAUAACUAGAAUAAAAUAAUAAGAAUAGAAAUUACAAAGAGAUUCAAGAAAAAAGAUGUCAUAAUCUUGUAAUCUUGAAGCUUUAUAAUAAUAGAAUGAAAAUUUAAAAAAUUAAUAAUAACUAAAAUAAUAAUAAUAAUAAUAAUAGUAAAAUUAAGAAAUAAAUUCAGGUUAAAAUAAAAAAGAUGUAAUGGAAGAAUUAAGAAGAUUGUAAUCUAGAAAAGCAGAAUUAGCAGCUAAAAGAUAAUAAAAGACUAUAGAAUGA